GCAGCCACCUAGUUCGGCGAAACUUAUGAUGUUGUACGAAGAGAUUGAGCCGAAUUUUGGCAAUGAAUAUUGAUUGUUUGCAACUUUAAGACUAUCUUGAAUGAAGUUGUGUUAAUCUUAAGUAAAUCCCGCAAAAUGGGUUCCAUGAAGGAUAACAAGGAUUUAGCUUGCUAUUUCAUAACGAAGCACUCAUGGAAAGGGAAAUACAAAAGGAUUUUCUCUGUUGGAACACUUGGGAUCACAACAUACAACCCUCAGACUUUGGAGGUCACUAACCAGUGGUCGUAUGAGGAGUUCAUAAGUAUUGCUCCCAAUGUGAGGGCCCCGACCAACAAUGAGUUCAUUAUUACCAUGAAGAAGGGUAAGAAGACUGACUCAAUGAAAUUCUCCACAGAUCACCGGCCAGAUCUCCUCACUGAAGCAUUGAAAUUUCGGAACAAAUUUGCUGAAGUUAGCAAAACAAUAAAGAGAUUCAAUGCUUACAAAUGCCACUGGUCGGAAAGCCGUGUCCCUGUGAUUCUAGAGGUCAACCCAGGGUCACUGGAUCAGAUUGACCCAUCCAGCAACAAAACACUGUGUUCAUACUUGUACAAAGACAUGGAGGGACUUACCCAGGUGACCGAUUACCCUGGUGGAGUGGCAAUCAUCCAUGGCGGGUUCAGCCGAUUGCACCUCUUUGCUCUGGAGCAGAAAGAUGAACUAAUUAAGCAUGUGAUGGAAUCGGCUGCAGCUUAUGUUGGAAUAGCUGUAAAACAGCGUCGGGAACCGAUAACAUUCCAACAGUUCAUCCUCAACCGGAUGGGAAAACACAGUACUGAUGAAGCGCUGACAUCAUAUGCAGAAUUUGUGGUACAGAAGAUAUCACCACGUCACAAUGACAAUGUGCGGCGAACUCUGUGUUUAUCAGAGACAUGUAUGGUAGAGAGAGAUCCCGCUACAUACAAUGUGGUCACUUGUAAACCCCUCUGUGAUAUUUUUGCAAUAAUUCGUGAUAGUGAAAACCCACAAAAGUUUAGUAUAGAAUAUGUAAAAGGUGCAAUACGGACAUACCUCUCCACCGACAGAGAUGCGUUGAUAGCGUCAUUACUGGACGGUGUGAGAGCUUCCGGGAACCGUGACGUCUGUGUCAGAAUGACAUUCACACACCGAGGCUUUCGAUUAGGUCCCUUCACUGUUCCUGUGGAUGAAGAAGUGGAAAGCCAGCAUUUAAAAUUAAUGAUACAACCAGUCACAAUGACAUUUGAUGAAGCAGUGGCCAGAUUCAACAGUAAUAUCUCCUAUAGUGGACUACUUCAUGCCGUUACCCAGGAUGGCCUGUUUGCAGAGAAUAAGGAAAAGUUAAUUAAUGGUGCCCUAGGGAGCUUACUGGACCGAGAGGGAGACCAGAACUCUAUCCCUUCAGCUUGUUUAGAAGCUCAAUUUCAUGCUCUCAGACGAUUGGUGGCUUCAAAGGCUGGCUUCCAGGCCUUCACAAACUUACCAAAGAUGCGUGAGAGAGUUGGUUUAAAAGUGGUUAAAGCUUUAAAGCGGAGUGACGCAGGUGUAACACAUUCGGCUGUUGACAUGCUCUGUGCUCUCAUGCAGCCGAUGCACGACGACUAUGACCUACGACAAGAACAAAUGAAUAAGUACUCACUGCUGUCAUCGCAGAAAUUCCUCAAGACCCUGCUUGAAAUGUUCAACGAAAAUGUGGUGCACAACACUGCUGCAUUGGUGAUAUCGGCCAUGUUGGACUUCCUCACAUUCUCCCUCUGUGCACCGUACAGCGAGACGACUGAUGGCGGGCAUUUUGAUAUGUUACUAGAAAUGAUUGCCGCGAAUGGCCGAAUUGUCUUCAAGCUGUUUCAGCAUCCUUCCAUGGCUAUUGUGAAGGGAUCAGGACUUGUAAUGAAAGCUAUCAUUGAGGAGGGAGAUGCUGAAACGGCAGCCAAGAUGCAAGAGUUAGCUUUGUCAGAAGGGGCCCUCCCUAAACACCUCCACACUGCCAUGUUUACACAGAGUACAGACGGUCGAAUGUUAACCAACAGACAGCUGAGUCGACAUCUUGUGGGACUUUGGGUGACAGGACAUCCGACGGCUAUGGGACUUCUUCGGCGCAUUCUGCCCAGCGGUCUGUUACUAUUUUUAGACUCUGAAGAUGCAGUACCAACUUCAGAGGAGGACAGAAUCAACAUCAGGGACAAUGUCAAAAUGGCUCAGGAAAUUCAGAAGAAGAACAAGAAAAAUCCCCAGCUCCUGAUGGUGGAGAUGAAGAUCGAUGGCUUCCUACAGCAUUGGCGUUCACGGAUCGGGCUUGAGAAAACUAAACAGCAAAAUGACUUGAAGCCAGUCACCCUAAGAAAGCGGCGUCAGCGCAUCAAGAGUGAGGCGAAUUGGCCAUUGUUUUAUUAUGGCUUCAACAAAGACCACGCCAAACCCAACCUGAUCUGGAACUACAAGACAAGAGAAGAACUAAGGGAAGCCCUGGAGAAUGAGAUCCGAGCUUUUUCAGUCGAUAAGGAGCUUGGCUUGAACUGUAUCAUAGGAUGGAACCAUCAAGAGUUUGAAGUACCCUACCUCUGUCUGUCAGAUGAGAUCAAAAUAGGUGACUACUACCUACGACUGUUGUUGGAGGAGGGAGAAAACGAGUCCGAGGAAACUAAUGCAAUUAAAAGAUCGUAUGAGUUCUUUAACGAUCUCUACCACCGGUUCCUGCUGACGCCCAAAACAGCCAUGAAAUGCAUGUGUUUACAAGCUAUGACCAUCGUGUACAACAAGUGUCACGAGGAGAUCGGAGCGUUUAACGACACACGCUACAUCGUAGGCAUGUUAGAGCGGUGUACAGACAAAUUAGAGAGAGACCGUCUGAUUCUCUUCCUCAACAAACUAAUACUACACCCGAGGAAUGUUAAAGACAUUCUGGAUGCAAACGGCGUGAAAAUCAUGGUGGACCUGCUGACGUUAGCCCAUCUACACACGACACGCGCCACUGUCCCUCUACAAACAAAUGUGAUAGAAGCUUCGCCUGACAUGAAUCGAGAAAGUGAAAAAGAGUGGUACUAUGGAAACAAGGACAAAGAAAGACUGGGGCCCUACAGCUUCGAGGAGAUGAAAGAGCUCUAUGAAGAAGGUACUGUUCAUGCAAAAACAAGAUGCUGGGCACAAGGAAUGGAUGGGUGGCGCCCUCUACAAUCUGUUCCCCAACUCAAGUGGACACUAAUGGCCACUGGUCAAGCAGUGAUGAACGAGAGUGACCUGGCCUGUCUCAUACUCAAUAUGUUCAUCAAAAUGACUGAUUAUUAUCCUAGUCGAGACUCUGAAGGUGCAAUAGUACGACCACUGCCAAAAAUCAAACGUGUCCUGUCUGACGCUGUCUGCCUCCCACAUAUAGUCCAGUUGUUGUUGACCUUUGACCCAAUCCUGGUAGAGAAGGUUGCUGUGCUGCUGUACAGUAUCAUGCAGGACAACCCCAACAUAUCACGGCUAUACCUUACAGGUGUCUUCUUCUUCAUCCUCAUGUACACUGGCUCCAACGUCCUGCCCAUCGCACGAUUCCUCAAAUAUACCCACCUCACGCAGGCCUUCCGAUCCGACGAGUUUUCAAGUUCAGAAAUUAUGAUGCGGAGUGUAAUAGGACACAUACUGCCAGAAGCUAUGGUAUGCUACCUCGAAAAUUACUCCCCAGAAAAAUUUGCCCAAAUUUUCCUUGGAGAAUUUGACACACCAGAAGCAAUUUGGAACAGUGAAAUGAGGCGACUAAUGAUUGAGAAGAUUGCCUCUCACCUGGCCGACUUUUCACCUCGUCUCCAGAGCAACACACGCUCCCUGUAUCAGUACUGCCCAAUACCUCUAGUCACCUACCCACAGUUAGAGAAUGAACUCUUCUGUAAUAUCUACUAUCUCAAACAUCUAUGUGAUACAACGCGCUUCCCAGACUGGCCGAUCAAAGACCCGGUGAAACUCCUGAAGGACAUCCUGGAGGCGUGGAAGAAAGAAGUGGAGAAGAAGCCGCCCAGUAUGUCACUAGACGAGGCUUUUGCCGUCCUCAACCUCAAGAAAGGCGUGGGCGGACAUGAAGAAUCGAAAAUCAGAAAAGCAUACUUCAAACUAGCACAGAAAUACCAUCCCGACAAAAACCCAGAGGGACGGGAAAUGUUUGAGCAAGUGAACAAAGCGUACGAGUUCCUGUGCAGUAAGUCAAGAUUAAAGGAUGGUCCCGAUCCCCAGAACAUCGUUUUAAUUCUCCAGGCACAGUCCAUACUCUUUAGGAGGUAUAAGGAUGAUCUGGAACCGUACAAGUAUGCUGGAUAUCCAAUGCUGAUCAAAACCAUCCGAAUGGAGACUAACGAUGACUCUCUCUUCUCUAAGUCCGCCCCGCUACUCUCAGCAGCGACAGAGUUAGCUUAUCACACAGUAAAAUGUUCAGCACUGAAUGCUGAGGAACUACGGAGGGAACAUGGAAUACAGGUGCUACAGGAGGCGUUUGCCAGAUGUGUCAGUGUUCUCAGUCUGUCCAGUAAACCAGAGGAACUCUCUGUUCAGGUGUGUAUGCAUGUUGUUAAGUGCUACGCCGUGGCCUCACAGUUUGAAGGAUGUCGAGAGAAAAUCCAGGAGAUUCCAGCCAUCAUCAAAGAUAUAUGUAGAAUACUUUAUUUUAAGAACCUUCCACAACUCUGCUCUGUGAUAUCAGAGUGUGUCAGUGCCUUUGCCGUGGAUUUCUGGCUCCAGACGAACCUGUUUCAGUCUGGUAUACUGUGGCACCUCCUCCUAUUCCUGUUUAACUACGAUUACACGCUGGAGGAAGGAGGCGUGGAGAAGAGUGACCAAUCCAAUCAACAGGAGGUAUCUAACCAGCUGGCCCGACUGUGUAUACGAGCUUGUUCACGACUUGGGGGAUACUUGCCCGAGAGCACAAACCUCUCAACGCCAGAAAAUGUUCCAGUGAAAAAGUCUCUAGCAGCUUUGCUCACACCCUUUUUGGCACGGAAACUGGCCAGUGAGAACUCGGCUGAGCUGUUGAAGAUUUUAAACAGUAAUACAGAGAGUCCAUAUCUGAUUUGGGACAAUGCAACGAGAGCUCAACUCUGCGAGUACUUGACCGACCAGCAGCAGAAUGUGGUCAGAACAGGAGAGAUUGAUCCAGACUACGGCUCUACCUUCGUGUUCGAAAUUCAUGCCAAAGAAUUGAUUGUGGGAGAAAUAUUUGUACGAAUCUACAAUGAGCAGCCAACUUUUCCCUUAGAUAAUCCCAAAGGUUUUACAAUCGACCUUUUAGACUUUUUAGGAUCACAAGCACAGUACUUACAUUCCCUUAUGAUGCUACAGCAGCAGAGUCAAAACUCUAGUCAGAACAAACAGAACGAUCGACUCCUUCAUGUGGAGAUGGCCCUGGAAGGUCUCCGAAAUGUCAUAAAAAAUAAUCCAGGUGUAGAAAUCCAGUGUAUAGGGCAUUUUAAACUCCUCUUCUGUCUCCUGAGACUUGAUGAUUGUGCCAAACUUCAGCAGUUUGCCCUUGAGGUGGUUAGUUGUGUAACAACCAACCAGGAAUGUGUCAAUGAUAUCGCUGCCUCCGAAGUACUGUCCUAUCUCCUACUGGCUAUCCAGAGUCUUCCCACAUGUCGUCUGCUGACCUUGGAAAGUCUCUUCUCUCUAAUGUCCAGUACAAAGAUUGUAAAGGAGGCUUUAAGCAAGGGUGUGCCUGUGUACCUGUUGGAUUUAUUCUGUAAUGCCACUAAUCCAAAUGUCCGAGAGAAGACUGCAGAGUUGAUCGCCAAAAUGCUGUCCGACAAACUAGUGGGACCAAAACUUAGGAUAACACUGGCCAAGUUCCUUCCUCCAAUCUUUAUGGACGCCAUGCGAGACUCACCGGAGGCUAGUGUUCAUAUGUUUGAGGGUACACAUGAAAAUCCAGAAUUGAUUUGGAAUGAUGAUUCAAGAGAGAAGGUGUCGGACGUGGUCAGGAAACUCAAAGACAGCCAUUUCAAGGCCCAGCGUGACAACCCCGACACCAGAUGGAGUUUGAGAGAGGACUUUGCUGUCGUGUACACUGAUGUGGAAGGGGAGUUAACUAUUGGAGGUGUGUUCCUUCGGAUCUUCAUUUCCAAUCCUGGCUGGGUUCUCCGGAAACCUAAAGAGUUCCUCACAGAGCUCAUGGAGAAAUGGGCUCAACUCGUGGGCAUGCAAGCACCUGAUGGUGAGGUGUUAGAGACGGUUACGACAGGUGUGGUAUGCCUGUUCUCCUCUCAGUCAUCACUCCUGGACCAGGUGCCACAGUUAGGCUACAUCCCGAAGGUUUUCCAGGCCAUGUCGAAACGUAACGAUGCCAUCCCAAAGUCAGCCAUACAGGUGGCGCACCAACUCGCCAACAACGAGAUUUGCAUACGAAGCAUGGCUCAGACAGAAUGCAUUGGCCCUAUCAAGGUAGCUAUGAAGGCUCGUCGUGACCAGAUCGCUUUGGCUGCGGAGACGCUUGCUAAGUUGUUUGAUAAAGGGGAGGAAGAACUCGUUUCACAGGCGGUGAAGGCCGAUAUUGUCCCGUUCCUGCUGAAGUUACUAGACGCUGGUCUGGAACUGCUAGAUAACCCAUCAUCAACUAAAGCCCAAAUUGUCAAGGCACUUAAGGCCAUGCAGCGUAGCCUUCUCUACGGGGAACAGAUUACGGGGAUUUUGGACAAGUCACCAAUCUGGAAAGAAUAUCGCGACCAGAAACAUGAUCUGUUUAUAUCAGAUACCCCCAUAGCUGGCUACUUAACAGAUAAAGCCUCAGGUCCAGCUGGCCCGAAUGUUGCGGGAUACCUGACCGCGGGGACGAGAACCACCAUGCCAGAUGCUCCACCCCCUCUAGAAGUACCGGAUGACCACUAAUUUUCCAUAUCUAACAGACAUUUUCAUUGGCUACACAAGAUCAUGUGAUACAGCUUUCCAGUGAUUCUGCAAUAUUUUGUGAUAAGAAAGGGAUGUAUUUAAAAGGCAUUAUGUAUUUCAUGGACUGAAAAAUUCAUUUCAUAGUAUACUUAUAAGUUGACCUCAUACGUAUUCAUUGUUAAUUUACUUUUAGAUAUUAUAAAGAAUUUUCAUUUCUUUGUUAUAAUGUUAUACAUUAAGUGAACACAAACUCCUUUGUUGUCCUAAUUGAUAAAAUACAUCAUGAACAUUCAUUGUUGGUAAUUACAUUGUCUCAAAUGUAAUGAAAAUUCAUUUAUGUAUUAAUUCAAAGAUUCUAUGGAUAUUCAUUAUUUCAAAGUUUGUUUCAAAGUCAAGUUUCAAAUUUCUAUGAUGCGUAUAUCCUAAAGGCAAUAAUAUGUUAUUAACAAGAGACUUUGACGUAAUGGAGGACUUUGUCUUGUUAACCUGUUCAACCCUAACAGACUUAAGUGGACUCUGCCAUUCAUUUAUCAUGUAAAUUCCAUCUUGGUCAGUAGGGGUGAACAAGUUAACCAGAAUGUUUUUCUUUUUACUUUUCCCCAUCUUAUAUUUAUAUACCUAUUGAUAAACAGCUCAUAAUGCUGGAGAUAUAUUCCUGGUCAUCAGACAAAACAUGAUAUUAACAGGAAAGUUACAUUAAGUGAUAUGUGUUAUAUUAUUAUGUUAUGUGAUAUUUACAAACCAAAACACAAAGGACGUAGAUUGACAGGUAUUGUUAUGUAACAAAGGAUGUAGAUUUACAGGUAUUGUUAUGUAACAAAGGACGUAGAUUGACAGCUAUUGUUAUGUAACAAAGGACAUAGAUUGACAGCUAUUGUUAUGUAACAAUGGACGUAGAUUUACAGCUAUUGUUAUGUAACAAUGGACGUAGAUUUACAGGUAUUGUUAUGUAACAAAGGAUGUAGAUUGACAGGUAUUGUUAUGUAACGAAGGACGUAGAUUGACAGGUAUUGUUAUGUAACAAAGGAUGUAGAUUGACAGGUAUUGUUAUGUAACGAAGGACGUAGAUUGACAGGUAUUGUUAUGUAACAAAGGACGUAGAUUUACAGGUGUAUUGUUAUGUAACAAAGGACGUAGAUUGACAGGUAUUGUUAUGUAACAAAGGAUGUAGAUUUAUAGGUAUUGUUAUGUAACAAUGGACGUAGAUUGACAGGUAUUGUUAUGUAACAAAGGACGUAGAUUGACAGGUAUUGUUAUGUAACGAAGGAUGUAGAUUGACAGGUAUUGUUAUGUAACAAAGGAUGUAGAUUGACAGGUAUUGUAAUGUAACAAAGGAUGUAGAUUUACAGCUAUUGUUAUGUAGAAGAGUGGACAAUUUAAACUACUCAGAUAUUGGCUUAAACUUGGAUACUAUAUAUACUCACAAAUAAACUUAAUGGGCAAUGUUUCAAUAUUGCCAAUUUGACCAAAGUUGAUAAUAUGAGCGUGUUAAUGAUGUCUUUGUUGAGCAUGGUUGAUCAUGUUAAAUGUUGUGGAUGCAAAUUUGGGUAAAUGUAGUUUUAGUUCUUUUAAAUAUUUUACAAAAUAUUUCAAAUUUUCCUGUUUAAAUUGUUAAAAGAUAUACUUAAUAGCAUUAUUCUAUCAUUGCAAUCAGCACUUUCACAAGGCAGGAUGUUGUUUCCUUUGUCAGGUGUACGUAGGAAAGGCUACUCAGAAAUCAGUUUAUCCUCGAUUGUUACCAUUAUGAGUAUUUGGUAUUUCCAGUCAUCAGCUUUGUGUUCAAAGUCCCUUUAAUUAAUAUCUCAGUUUCCGUGUAUGCUGCGGUAUGGCUUAGGUGGACUGGGGUUGUACUGUUUUACCCGAUUCUGACUGUCCCUCCGCCGGUUACCAUAACAUAGGUUUGUUUAUUGAAGUCGUUUGUGGUGGUCGAAAUAAAACAGAAAACAGGGACAUUCAUGUUGCACUUUAAGACAUUUCCAGUUUUUGGUUUUGUAUAUUAGUUGUACAUGGUAAUUUAAAUGACAAAUUACUAAAUACUCAAGUCAUUAACUGUUUCUUAAUGAGCUGUCGAUGACAUGUUGUAAUCGUUCUGCAAUAUUUAUUUUAGCAUCCUCAUUCUAUAAGUAUUUAUUAAUAUGAGACUUCUUUCAUGAUAGUUGUUUUGAUUACCAAUUAUUUCUUCCACUGAAAUCAACAAAACCCAAUUAACCAAUCUAUUUCAGUACUCCCCUGUCAGGACUUAAGGUGAAUGAAGCUGAAUGAGAAGGAGGGGGCAUUUUACAGUGGACUGAAUGAAUAGAUUAAUCAUUUGAGAUGAAAACAUUGUACAAGAUUGGUCAAAAUAUUUGUGAUCAUAUGACAACAAUGUACACAAUGACGACCAGGGAUAUGAUUGUCACGAGUUGAUGAUGGUGACAGACACAUACAGUUCAUAAAAUUGAUGUCAGAACUAUAUAACACAAGUGUUAAGGUGUCACUUGUGUCACUUUCCAUAUAGGUAACACUAAUCUGAGUCAGAUUUCAGAAAACUUCAAAGGCAAAUAAAAAAAAAAAUAUUUCAAUGUUUUUAAGAAUGUGUAUUACCCCACUUUCAGAGUUAAAUUUCCUUCUUAAUCUGUAAUGAUAUUUAUAUGAUUAAAUUCUACUGGCUCAACUACACAUUGCCAUAAUACUUAAUUUGCUACUUUACAAUCAUGAAGUAUAACCACAAGUUUUGGACUACACUAGGGAUAUUCACAAAAAGUAAGCAUAUCUUUUCUUCUUUUUUAUCAAUUUUUCCUGAUAUCUUUUAUUUAAUUUUGAUUGAAUUAAUAUAUGAGAGAGUUAUCGUCAGACACUACAGACCUAGCUGUUACCAUUGUAUCGGUCUGUUAAAUGGCGGUGUUUAGUUACAGUUAACUGAUUUUGAGCCUUCAUGGUGUGGAAAUAUGAAAUACAGAAACAAAAUGCUCAUCAUUUGAACAAUCAUGUAAAAAAAGUCCCUGUUUUCUAAGGAAGUAUUUUAUAUUAUCUGUAUAAAUCAUCUGGCACCAUUUUCAUUAUGCUUCCUAAGGGAAAUUCUUAGUUAAGGGAUUACCUUAAGUUAAAGAAUGUAGUUGAAAUUUGGUCCUUUUAUGAUUUUAGUAAAUGUCUCCUUUUGUGUAUAGAUUAAGAUUUCAUGAUUUUAUGUUUUCAUUGUUAAAAGUUUAAAAGAAAUUUUUCUGACUUUUCCUUCAUCAUUUGAUAUUCAAAUUCAGUUUCAGUUUCAAAUGGAACAUAUUUUAAAAGUUAAUCUAAUGUUGUAUUACAAAAUUGACAUAUCAAAAUGUGAUGGAAUAAUUAUAAAUUAUACCAAUACUACAGUGAUUAACUAUGAAAAUGUGAAAUUGUGAUUCUUUAGAAUAUUAAAAUUAUUAAUGUUGUUUCAUCAGGUAUUAAACAUUAUAUUGUGCAAUACUGACCAGCUCUGAUAACUUCUCCCUUUUUUCAAUUCUCGAAUUGAUACAGUGUGUAUAAUAACCGAAGAAAAUUAGACACAUUAAUAAAUAAUGCAUGUGACAUACAUAUUUAUCUGACAAUAUGUGUCUGACAAUAUUUGCCCUUUCAUCUCAAUUUCUGUUAAAUGUAAAAUCCUUUUUCAUUGUCCUGCAAUAAGCCUAGCACAAAUAAAAUUGUAUGUGUUCCCCGGGGCUUAUAACAGGAUGAUAUGAUAUUAAGAACUCCUAAUUAGUGCUAGAAAUGUAUGUUUCCUUAGAAGAUUUCAAUGAAGUUUGAUGAGCUCAGGAAGUAUUUUUUUAAACAAGGUUAUUAGCUCUGGGAUUAUUUUUGGAACCAACUUCAAAACCAAUGUUCAACGUUUAAACCAGUUGUCUGUCCUUUAUAAAUGUAUGACGCAUUUUCUGCUAAAUGUCUGGAGCAUUUUUUUCAGGAAAAUUUUCAGAUAAAAUAUAAAACAGUAUAAUCAUGUCUCAGACGGAGUUAUCUACCUUCAUCACUGAACACCUGUACCUGUGGUUAUGUUUACAUUAGAAUGUCUGUUUGUGAGAUUGUUAUUACGUGUAACUUGUUAGCUAUGUUAAGGAGUAAAGUUAUGUCCCUUUGUAGGACAAUAUGGAAGUGCUCUGUUUGCCAGGUUUGUUAUCUUGUUAAGUGGCAAUGUGGUUUUUUUCUUGCUUUCCCCCCAAAUGUUUUUAAUAUAUGUUCAAGUGCUAUUUUCAUUCACGGAAGUAUAUUCACAUGUUACCAUGAUAUAAAAUGUGUCUCAAGGUAUCACAUUUCUCAUUAAUAUGUUAAACAUCUCAUUAACAUAUUGUGCAUGUCAUUAACAUAUUGUGCAUCUCAUUUACAUAUCAUGCAUCUCAUUAUCAUAUCACAUGUCAUUUGCAUAAAAUUGAUCCAUUUUAAUGCGUAUGCUGCAGAUCAAGAAUCACUGUUGCCAUUUAAUUUGCUUUGCUAUAAUAUGUAUUACAUAAACACUGCACAUUGUUAUGAAUGAUUUGUGAGAGAUAUGUGUGUCUUGGAAUUUUUGAUAGGUAUUAAAGUUGAAAACAGCUACAUUUUGAAAUUGAAUUAUUGUCAUAGAGAAAUUGUGUAUGCUGUGUAUAUAAGGCAAUGUAUAAAAUUGAAAUUUUCUAAUUGUAACUGUAAAUAUGCAAGUAUCUUAAUAUAUAAAUAUUGAAUGAAGUUAUGUUGUUCUUGUGGAACUCUUUUGUAAUUGAGAUUACACAUCUGUAAGGUAGCAUACAACCUUAAACCAAUUCAGUUUAGUUAAGUCUUUACUAUAAACACACAUUAGAUUUGUAAUUUGUUAAAUCGUAUACCAACAGUUUUAUACCAGCAGUUGAUUUUAAAUGAAACGAUUGUAGUAGAAAUCAAGUCCAAUAGCUUUGUCUUCCGUGUAUGCUAUGGCUGUUUUCCAUGCGUAGACUUCGUUGAUUAUAAUCUUAUUUAGUUUAAUAAGUGUUCUUCUUGUUAAUUUCUUACUAUGAAAUAAAUUUUGUUAAUUUCUCACAAUGAAAUGAUAAAAUAUGCUUAUCUUUGAUGAGCAUAACAUGUAUACAUUUAUUUGGUAUUUUUUUCAAUUAUUUUUAUUCCUGGAAUGGUUUGUUGCUUUUGCAGUAAACUGUCUGAAUGGAUGGGUGAAACAAUAUUUAUAUGGCAGUGGUAUGAUAUGGUAAAAUUGUGUUAAAUUCAAGAUUAUUGAACACUGAAACCUGCCUGGUCUGUCACAAGUAAUCCGACAUGUCGUUUAUGAAGAGAACUGCCCAAUAAAACCUCUGUAUUUUAUGUUGACAUAUAUAUUGUUUUGUACAGGUGUCAGAUUAGUCAGGUUUUACAGUGUUAAAUGUAUGAAUUAUUGAGGUAGAUGGAUCAAAUGCUGUUUUUACGAGUCAUGUUCUGAUGGUUUUACCUGUUAAGCUGCGCUACAUACGUUCUUCCAUUUGCUUGAUAUCAGUAGAGAGGAACAAUGUUGUACUAUUAAAUCUGUGUCAGUGAUGUGUUUGUCAAACAGUGUAGUAUGGUUAAAUCUGUGUCAGUGAUGUGUUUGUCAAACAAUGUGGUACAGUUAAAUCUGUAUCAGUGAUAUGUUUGUCAAACAAUGUGGUACAGUUAAAUCUGUAUCAGUGAUAUGUUUGUCAAACUAUGUGGUACAGUGAAAUCUGUAUUAGUGAUAUGUUUGUCACACUUCUAUUCUAUUGUAUAUAUGUACAGAGAGGUUACGAUCAAAAGCUUACAAUGUCAAAAUAAAUCAUGACAAAAGAG